AUGCAGCGGCCACCCCAACUCCCCCCUAGUCUUUGUUCCCACGUUCGCAACGCUCCUACAAUAACCUUUGCGGUGGCACCAAAUGGCUUAGGUAGGUCUAAAAGAAGACACCCACUCAAGGGUCUCCAUGCUUGACCCUUCGUGACCUCGAAUUGUUCGCAAUGUUGCGGCAACUGUUUCCACAGCCCCGCCCGGUGUUUUGUGCCUGCAUGCUCCCCUCUCCCCCGUCAAACCAGUCAUCAUGUUCACAGUUUCAAACUAAACAAAAUAUUAGAGUUUUCUGACGGACCUGAACUUUCCACUAUGUAAGGUCGGUGUUGGCCUCGGAAGACGCCUCUUCAGUCGGCUCCAGUCAAGACAUGACCACUGGCCUACCAUCACAUCCGUUAACCUCCCACCAGACCUACCUUCCUAGUCAAUCUGAAAUGUAUUCACGAGACCUAUGUUUGUUCAUUCUCCGAGUUAUAUGGCAGGACACAGGCAUGGAUAAGCUAAAACGCGCUGGAAGACCCCCCUUACGGCAUGAUGUGGUUGCGUUCUAGUCACAUUUCACCACAGCAUGAAUUCUCCUUAUUCCCACCUAACCCUACUUUGCACCUCGGUAAGUCACAGGCCAGAUCUCCAGAUAAUCUGCUAAGCUAGCGCACGACCUUCCGGAAUGCGAACCCUGCAGCCGGAUAAUGAGAUCAUGUCGGCUAUGAGAACUAUAAAUGGAAAAAUGUGCUCGGCGUCUGCACCUAACUGCUACAGUGAAUCUGAAACCAAACCCAAGAAGUUCAUUUAAACCGCACAAGCGCGGUAGACAAGAUAGAGCACAAAGAACUCCUCUCGGCAAAGAGUUUCGAUAAGGAGAAACAUACCUUGGUGUCUAGGAAAAAUAAGUAAAUUUUGUGAAGAUAAAUUCACCUGGACAUUGACACACUGCCGUCGUUUGCAGUGUCAUAUGGGCAAAGCAGAAAUUAAUGCGUUAAUUGCUACGCCGCGUCCAUUCAUAAGCAGCAUGCGGCAACCGUCAGCAUCAGUUCCGAAAGCCAGUUUGUCCGUAGAUAGAGGUGGGCACAUAACUAGUCACAACUGCGUAGUUUGGUUGGUGUGGGUCAUGAUGAACUAAGUAACUAAUUUAUUUUAUUUAACUUCCAUAAGGACAGUUUCAUAGAAGUAGACCUUGAACCGAAUUAAUCUGAAUGACUACGUCCGUUGACUGUGUUAUGCAAACACUACGACUCCCACUGAAAAGACUUUGGAUAGAGAUAAUACUGCCAAUGCUUCUAAGGUAAUCAAUAAACAGUCUGGUAAUAUUCCUACCACCACUGAAACGGUCUAUACGAAGACAUUUCCCAGCCCUGAAACCAUUAGUAGUUGUACAUCUACGGCUGUCAGUAUUACACUAUGGGUAAUGCCACUGCAAGCGGAACUGUAAAAAUCUCUGCCAGUAAUAUUACUGUUAGUAGAAUGGCAAUUUUAUUGUUAUGGGUACUGCCAUCGCAGUCAGCAGUACAGUCCCUAUAUGAAAUACGACAGUCGACAAAAGACUCAGAAUUUAUUACCGCUGCAGCAACUGCUGGUAAGAAACUUACCAGAACGACCGGGUUUACUACUUCUAAGGCAAAUGGUGUAGGCCAUCGUGCAAUUCAAUACGAUUAAUAGUAAUAUCAGUAUGACAACUCGGUCAGCUGGGUGUAGUUAAACUACAUACGGUAACUGAAAGCAAUAAAUUUAGUGCUAGUAAUACUAAAACAACCAUUUUCCCAAGGCGCCGUGACUAGUAGUAUGUCUGAUGGUAAAACUACGUCUACAUAUAGUACGACCACUACCGUCACUGAAGCAAAAACUGUUUCUGGUGCUAUGGCAUGUGUCUCUCGCAAGAAAAGAAAGGAAGAACAGUGGACCUGCCCGUACUGAAGUCCACACGGGUACACUACAACAAGGACGAAAAUAACAAUUUGUGUCUGGAGGAUACCUAGCCUCAUACGGGCACUUUAUAGACUAGUGCAUCUAAUUCCGCCGUGCGUAAUUGUUUUACCUUCACCUGUAAAACAAUUACAUUGGCUAUAUCUAUUACUUUUUAUACUACGCCUGCAUCUGUUACUAAUACUGGGAGAACGUCUACUUCUACAAAAUGUGCUGCCAUGGCUGGUGCCAAUGCUUCUGCUACCAGUACAACCCCUACUGUAAAAACCAUUACUACUAAUACUACUACUACUACUAUUACUACUACUACUACUACUAGCACGAUUACUACGGGUACUACUGCAAAAACUGGCAGCGCAAUUAUUAUUGUUAUCAUUAUCUGUACUACUUUAAAGGCUACUGCGGCAUAUAGUGCUACUACCGCUCUAAGUGCCGCUCAACGUUGCAUUCAUGAUAUCGGGAUUGAAGUGAGUCGGUGCGCGUACCACUUUUAACAGCAGCAAUGCGGUAAGAAAUUUCGGUACCGCUGGCAUCACUGCGAAUACUUGAUCAGUAGAAAGUAUAAGGUCUACGACGAGCAAUAGUGCUACAAAAGCUGCCGCGGAUACUACCUGAAAGAUGGUUACUGUCAAUGGGUUUUUAACUAGUACUUCUGUUAACAUCAGUGUCAGUAACAUGUAGAACAACCUCAGUAAGUCUACUGAAAAUGGACUGCCAGUGCCUGACGAAUUCUCACUGCAGUCAGUAGAUGAAUACAUCCGGAAAAUGCAAGCCUAGUACUGCUGGUAUGGGUAAAUAUUAGGCGGUGAUUCUGCUACCACAGGAAACUGUUAGUAACACUACUACUACUACUACUACUACUACUACUACUACCACUCGACUAACUGUUAUGGUAUAGGUAAAGCUGACUGAAUAAUACUAUUGCUAGUAACGCAAAUAACUGUGCAGCCAUAAAUAAUGACCUAAAUAAUAACAAUUAAAAGUGACUAACAAUAUCGCUAAUAGAUAACUAAUGCAGCAGCCACCUCUGCAACGAAUAAUACUGAUAGUGUAGCAGCCUUUUCUCUGUCCCCUCGUUCUACUUUAUACGCGCCACUGCUGCGCUCGCUAACCGACGAUCUGCAAUCCCGUCCACACCACAAUCCUGGUCAAUAAUUUGCCACUACCCUCGCGUGCUCUCGAAGCCAAUCACUGCGAUCUCCUUCGCUGACUGGUCAUAAGGGCACGCACGGGACGCCGCCCUUGCGGACGCGAUUUAAAAAUAGACAGAACAGAGACAAAAAGGACACAACACCCUUUUUGGUGGUAGCGACACACAGAAGGCACCGCAGCUGACGUUCGGUUGGAUACCAGUGUCGCAACACUCCGUUACUGAUGCUAGUAUUAUUGCAGUUAGUUAUCCAUACUGUAAGCGUUGGUAGAGUAGCAUUGGCAGCCGUGGUGGCGGUGGUAGUAGUAGUACUAAUAGUAGGAUUAUUAGUAGUGUUCGCCGUAUCAGUGGUGGUAGACGGGGGAAAAAGUUAUCUUCAGUGUUGCGACACUAUAUUCCCGCCAGUGGUAGUAGUAUUAGUAGUAACAGCGGUAGUAGUGGUAGUAGUAGCAGUAGUAGUGGUGGUGGUAGUAGUAGUAGUAUUAGUGGUAGUAGUAGGAGAAGUAGUAGUAGUAGUCCGCCCGUAAGACAGGCUGGUGGGGGAAUAGACAAUUCUAAGUGUUGCGGCACUGUAUUCCCGCCUGACGUUCUCCAGAACGAACACUUAUCUCUGUCAAAAGCAUACAACCAACUUACGGUGACCUGCCCUGUGUACAGAAUAAACCUGUUCUCACAACUUCCUGACUUCUUUUACUAGUCGGAGCAAAAUUAUUGUAUGCGGUUAAGUUGACCUAACAUCCCUGGCCACUACAACAGAAAUUGCGGUAAGCGAUAAUAUACCACUAGUAUGAUCAAUACGCCAAAAGACAUGACGGACGCCCACUCGACGGGAAAAGAAGCAGACGCAGGAGUUUAAAAACAUGUGGAAAAUCGGAGCGUUGCGACAGCGGUAUCAUACCAAAAUUUCUUCCUCGUAUUCCUACAUCGCAGAUAUUCCGUAAAAGAAGCCUGUGUGAGUCACUGUCAAAGGCCUUCUUGAAGUCAACAAAUAUGGCAUCCAUUGGAUAACCCAUAUCAGUAGCUCUUGUCCAUUUCUUGUGCGAGUAAAGAACUCUCGUUAGGCAGGAGCACCAUGGACGAAAGACAUGUUGGCAUCACACAAUACUUUCUUUUUUUCCAGGUAGUGCAUCAAAUGCCUUUUGAUAAUGCGUACCAUUUAUUUACACGCGAUGCAAGUAGGACUAACGGGACGAUAAUUUCCUCAGCCAAGUCGUGAGCCUCCUUUGUGGAUCGGAGUGUUGAGUGCGCGCUUCCAUUGUUCUGGGAGCUCGCUUUCUUCAGAUGACUUUUGAAAUAUUGCAGACAAUAGUUCGCACAGUUCAUUAGCAAGUUCACAAGGUGCUAGCGAGGGAAUUCUGCCUGGGCCAGGCGAUUUGGCAGGUUUCAGUCGGAGUAGUUCGGUCCUAACUAUAUUCAACUAGCUGGGCCAUGCCACGCGUUGCUGUGGCUUACUCUGAUGAAUUGGGAAAUAAGGGAAAUGAGGAAAAUGUAAGGGCCACCGGAUGGCGGUAUGUAUCAUGUGCGAAACCCAGGAUUGUCCUUCUAGCCGCUGUCGAAGUCGGGGCAGUUGUUUGCUACGCUUAGUCGCGCUCGAGAAUCCAGUCGUCACGCCCCAGCGGAAGCGAUGACAGCCGCAUUAUGUGGGUAGUGUGGGGCAAGCUCAAGUAGAGCCCAAGAGUUGCGUGUUUUUUGCUGCAGGGUGGGGGGUUUGCCUAACGGUCCAGAUUGCAUCGGCCAGAGGGAUGGGAGGCAUGUUCAAGUGUCUGCAGGGUAGGUAGUGGGGUGGGCGCGGCCGUCGGGUGUAGCACGUGCGUUUGAACGAAUGUCGGUCAAGUGGCCACAGUCUGGGCGCUGUGUGUCCGCGUGGAUGAGGGUCAAGUGGCCGCAGCAUGUGGGGUUGUUAUGCCAGAAAAAAUCGGGUUUUUUAUUCAUCACAGGCAUGCCAACGGCAUAAUUACAAAAUUGAACAGACAAAAACCCAGCCCUAGGCGCUGGCUGUGUUGUGUCCAAAUUUCAGCGCAAUCGGUGCAGUACUUUCGGAGAUUAACUAUAACACAGAAAAAACCCUUCAUUUUUAUAUAUAUAGAUGAAAAGAGUGGAUCUGUCGGAAAUUAUGUGGCUGCCAAACAAAGACUCCCGAAUCAUAAAUUAGGCAAAAGGGGUUGGGUUGGAAACCUUCACUGCUAUGGAAUUGCGUACACAAAGGCUCUAAAAGCAAUCGCCGAGAGCGCGGUCUCCAUGCAAGUUGUGUUGUCUGUGCCCGCCUUAGAGGUGCUCAGACCCAGCGCAUGUGUGCAACUUUCGUUGUCACAGCGUCCGCCAGCAAAUCGGAGAAGGGACCGCGUUGUUUGGCUUCGAGCACUCGCGAGGCUAGUAACAAACCUCGCGUGUCCCAGCGGCGGAUCUACAGGGAGUGUGAGGCGGAAAGGAAGGCGGCGUGGCAAAUACGAAAAGCAAGGAGAUCCGGACUGCCACAAACCCUCCAUAAAGGAGCUAAGGGAGGGGUAAGAGGAGAAGGGAAUUUGGAGGAGACGUUGUUUGGCGAACGGAUGGAUGGUCAAAUAUAGAACUAAGUUCUCUGGUGAAGACGGUUUGAGGGGAGUUAGAAAGAAGGGACGCUUUAACCUGGUCACCAGUCUCCACCUUUCCAUCUGCAGACCUAAGGGCAGUGAUCAGCUCCUGAGACCUUUUUGUACUUCGUUAACACCAUACGGAAUUUUCGAAUGUCCCAACGAAUUUUGCAGUAUGUUCAGUUCACACUUUCUUCGCUGCUUUGAAGCCUCACUUUUGCAAACGUUGCGUCGCCGCAUAUAUUCCCGUAAGUUUUCUUCGGAGCUAGUUCAGUUCAGUUCAGUUUAUUGAGGGAAAUAGACGUAAGCCUUUGAGUACCCUAUUUGCAACGUAAAAAAUGUGUGGUAUACAGAUAAAUGUUCUGGGCUAAAAUAGUUCAAACACGCCCAUAAUUGUAGGACAAAAAGAGAACGAGUUACAGAGGGUGAGUUCGAAUUCUCAUCGCUCUUGGUCAUUUUGGAACAUAAAUAUGUCCAGAUUCUUUUUAAAACUUUGUAUGGAUGGUGACAUCACAACAUCUGCGGGAAGCUCAUUCCAUGGUUUGACCACCCGAACAGAGAAGGCGAACUUCCGCACAUCCAGCCGUGCCUGCUGAGUGCACAUUUUUAACGGGUGACCUCGGAGAUUGGUCGUGGUAGCAAAUUCAGAAAAGUCCUCGAAGGCCAGACUGCAAUCCAACCCCUUUACAAUGCGGAAGGCUUGCAAGAGAUCUCCGCGAAGUUGCCUGUAACUCAAAGGAAAAAGGGUUCAGAUUUACUAGGCGGGUCGCAUAAGGAAAGGAGCUUUGACCCCUAACCAUCUUCGUGGCUCUCCUCUGGGCUCUUUCCAGGCAGUUUUGAUCCUCAACCGCCCACGGCCUCCAGCCUUGUAUGCCGUUCUCUAAAUGCGGCCGGUCGAAUGUUCCGACUGUCUUUGAGAAAGCAUCUUCAAAGUUGGUUUGCAGCGCCUCCACAGGCGAUUCCUUUUUUGGGAGGAACCUUUAAACCCGAGUUUAUCUAGUUUGGGCGGUUUUUGAUUGUACUUCUUCCUAGAGGGCAUUUGGAAAAAACAAUUUUAUUCAGUAAGGAGCGGAAAGCAUUCCAAUUACCUUUUGCUCCACCAUGCAGUUUAGUCUCCCAUGGUACCGCUGCCGCUUUUCUCCUCAUGAGAAAAUAGUCCCCCUUCCAAACGUUUAUCUCCCACCUACCGAUCAGAACUUGUUUGGAAAACAGUAAGUGCUCGAAGUAGAGCGUGAUGUGGUCACUUGACCCUAACGGCGGGCGGUUCUGCAGGUCUAGAACAUCUCCUCCUCUUCGGUCAAAGUAAGAUCAAGGCAGUUCACCAUCAUGGAAGUGGACGUGCCUCACCGACCCCGGUAUACACGAACCUUUCGUGAUUAAAUGCCUUAAAAACCUUCGAAUGCCUACAAAUAUUACCCCAGCAUCAUUUGUUCGGUGGCUGACCUUGAUCCGUUUAUUUAGUGAACUCCUUUCCCGGCAUAUUUGAAGCCGUGAACUUCAUACUAAUAAGCACCAAUAUCGAAGGGCGCCUUGUGCUAGUCAAAUGUCCAGCUUGGGAGUACUUUGACUUUCGCAACGUGUUGGGGCCUGUAGUAAGCCCAUCAGUACUAAAACCUUAGUUGAUUUUCUAUAUUAUCGACACUCACCUGAAUAUAUUAAAUUAUUCCGAACAUAAACUAUUCUGUUUAGGUUUACGCUGAUGCAUUUGCACAUUAUCAGUGAUUGCCUCCUAUUAGUUUUUCUUUAAAUUGCUAGAAUUUAGUUUUUCCCUUUUAAUCUGCUUGGAAUAACUGCCCUGCCCUUCCAGCACCUCCUAGCCCCGCCGAGCCCCAUCAAAAUUGGCGGGGCUGUGGAAGGGACUUUGGCGAGGCAUUCAGCACAACAGCCCCGCCUGACCCCACCAGCGAAAAAAUGGGUAGGGGAUGCUAGAUUUCCACUCACUUUUGGUACUCCCUUAAAAUAUCGACCUGUACGGUGAGCCCCCUGCCGGCAGAAGUUUCAGAACUCAGAAUAGGCAUUUCUCGUUCAGGGGAUUGAUUGCCAACUGCUGUCGACGUUGAGGGAACCUCAGACUCAGGCUCUUCAGUGGCCUCAUAAUAUGCCUUCAUCGGGCGCUUACUGCGCUUGUAUAUGGUGGUUCGGUGAGAGCCACGGUAAUUACGCUCCAUAAUUGCUUUGGAUUUUCAGUAAAAAACGAUAAAAAAAUUGCAUAAGGGGUCUAUGAACAUUAAUGCUAACUAGUACAUAAAUAGACAUACAAGUCGACUACUUAAACUGGUUUGUGAGUAAAUACCCAAACAAUUAGCAUAAGAUACAUAAAUUAACUAAGACAGUUAUUAAGAGCAUGAAAACAGCAUUGGUUGACGCACGAUAUUAUCCGCGACCCGUGGGCGUAAACGAAUGCUUUUUCCAUGAUUUAUAAGCCACUUUUGAUAAAUUAGCUUCUUUUAAUGCCAAAGAAGGUACAAUGAGUGGUGCCUUUGAAACAUAACUUUCGAUGCAAAUACGCUUCAAAAUGUUUCGAUUCAGAGGGGGCUCUGGCCCCACCCAGCCCCUUCCCUGCCCCGCCUAUGAAGGGGCCAUGUGCUGGCAGGUGGUUUGGUGCCGAUGUGGUACUGGUUUAUAAACCAGUACCGGUAUACUUAUCUAUCAUAAACUGACAUAAAAAUUUGUGUGCUAUUCGUACUUACAAAUUCAGCGCCUUCUCCUACUUUUCCAACCAAAAUUUAUGCGUUCACUUAGUGGCACGUCAUCAUUAUGGAUGACAGUGUCCGCCCAAGCAAUAGUCUGCAGAUACUAAAUCACCCAACAAUGAUAUUGGCGGGCUAAGACUCCCAUUGCCAACGUCCAUAAGUUACCAGCGGACGACUCCCAGUCUGAGCAGUCCGUUCUAUAACGUUUGCAACCGCCAAACAGCAGAUCCACUUCAACAUCUAUUUCUCUUGACACUUCCUCGAUCUUCUUCUUCACAUACCGCCUACUAGUGCGUUUAAAUUCGUCUCUAAACAUAUGGGUUAAUGAAUCAAAUAAGGGUAUAACAGAGAGAAGCAGAGAGAACUUUAUAGCACACGCCGUACGCGAUACGCACGCAAUAAUGGCGACGAGCAUGCGUGUGGGAUCAUUGAUAACUCAAGCGUGCCAGCCAAUGAUUGUGGAAAAUCGAUAAACUCACCGCCCAAUCAGGUGACGAGGUAGCCUUAUCGAUAGAUUUCCGCGAGAAGAGUGAAUCGGGUAGUUAUUCAAUGCUACUAGGGACCCACCAUCCCCCCAACUGUCUUAAACAAGGGGCUCUUUGUUAAAGACAUUUAAGGGGAUGGUGAGUGCAAAUUUUGGUUGGGUUCUUGACAUGAGGGUUGAUUUUCUCUAAUUUAUAAAGUGCGAAGUGGACGUCCUGUUUGCCUAUUCGGCAUGUAGUACCGAGCUGUAAGUCCUUUUUGUAGAAUCUUCUAAACCGAUGAGACUUUGCAGACGCUAGCUUCUCCUCGCACUACCCAUCCUGAUUUAUGGUUUUUCUUGUGUGCUUUCAGGCAAUUUCCAUCCUACUUACUGCCCAUGGCGAAUGUGGAUUUGAUUCAUGCCCAUCCGCUUGCCGUACUCAACACGAGGACUCGCCUCACUGGGUUAAGUUUUAG